AUGACAUCUCUAACAGAAGUGAGUGAUGCCUUUGAGGCAACCAAGCCUACGUGGUUGGACGUGAAAGUGAGGGAGCAUAUGCUGCCAAGUUGUGAUGCAGCAGAUUCACUGGCGUUUGAGACCGACCGAUUGAUCGCCUCGCUUGACUCAGUUGACCCUGAAGCGUUUGGCGGCGAUGAAGUUCAUCGCCUUAAGACACCAUAUGAACGUGGCUGGGGCUUCUGUUUCGAGCAACCUAUUGUCUUUGCAGCUCUUCAAACAUGCAUCGACAUGAGUCUUUGGAAAUCCUGGACUGCCGUAGGUGGUGAAAAGUCUAUCGACGAGCUCGUCGGAUUCACCACUCCCCCCGUCGAUACAAAUCUGCUGCGCCGAUUGUUCCGUUUGCAAUCUGCUUUCAACGUGGUGGAGACAGCGGAAGACCGAUUCAAACCAACUCCGUUCUCCAUCGCUAUCGGCGACGAGAGCACCAAGAUCCGCGCCUCGCUUCAAGCAGCAACAAAUCAAUACAUCGCUGCCGAUCAUAAUCUCCCGAAAUAUUUAGCAAAGAUGUCUUACAAAGAGCCUACGCAAGUCGAAGUGAACAACCACUCAGAUAGUAAUCCAGAGAAUCUCAACUUCUUUGGGCGAUUGCAGAAAAGCCCCGCUUGCUAUGAAGCUUUCACGGGCCACAUGGAGGCCUGGACAGCAUGGAAGACUCGGUGGACUAAAGUCAUCGAUACAACAAAGUUGCUGGAGGGCGCGAAAUUAGACAAUGGUUCACCGUUUGUGGUUGAUGUCGGUGGAAACACUAGUAUCGAUAUUUCUCAUGUCCUCGCUCAGCAUCCGGAUCUCCCUGCCGGGUCCUUGGUUUUGCAGGAUCUUCCAGAAGUGAUUGCCAAGGCCCAGGUCAAUGAGAAGAUCACUGCUAUGGCUCAUGACUUCUUCCUACCUCAAUCGGUGAAAGGGAGUCGCGCUUACUUUAUGCACGCGGUUCUUCACGAUUGGCCAAACGACAAGGCCAAAAAACUGCUUGUGAACACUAAGGAGGCAAUGGUUAAGGGCUACUCCAGGUGUUUUAUCUAUGACAUUGUUCUUCCCUCCACAGGGGUGAGCAUCAGUCAGUCUACAAUGGAUGUGCAGAUGAUGUCGCCGUUGUCGGCUUCCGAACGUACUCAGACCGCAUGA